ACGCCGGAAGACGUGUGUGUCUCCGCCGUAAAUGCAAACGAAGGAGUAGCACUGGGAGUCAGAGCAGACUACAGCAAAGACAAGAUGGCAGGACUGCCCCGCAGGAUCAUCAAGGAGACACAGCGCUUGCUGGCAGAACCGGUGCCAGGCAUCAAAGCGGAGCCAGACGAGGGGAACGCACGCUACUUCCAUGUGGUGAUCGCCGGGCCGCAGGACUCGCCGUUCGAGGGCGGCACCUUCAAGCUGGAGCUCUUCCUGCCCGAGGAGUACCCCAUGGCUGCACCCAAAGUCCGUUUUAUGACCAAAAUCUACCACCCCAACGUCGACAAGCUGGGCAGAAUAUGUCUAGACAUUCUGAAAGAUAAGUGGUCCCCAGCGUUGCAGAUACGCACAGUGCUGCUGUCCAUCCAAGCAUUACUAAGUGCUCCAAACCCAGAUGAUCCUCUAGCCAAUGAUGUUGCGGAGCAGUGGAAGACCAAUGAAGCUCAAGCCAUAGAAACAGCACGGACAUGGACCAGGCUGUAUGCCGGGAACAACAUAGAAGUGUAGAAACGAGUUGAAGAAGAAGAGGAUUAUGUGGACGUCGAGUGUGAACACAACUCCUCAUGGUCCGCCAAGAUCUGUUCAUUUGCAUUUAAAUGACAGUCUUGGACCAAAUAAAACAUCAAACAAAACAUCUAUACCUAUCAAAAGAAA